GUGGAUGAAUACGGCACCCAGCAGCCCAUCGCUCUGUUGAAACUGCUGCUGGAGAAGGGCGCCUUGUACGACCGGGGGAAGGAGAUGAACUGCAAAUACCUCCGCGACUUGGGCUUCAUUGCCGCCAUGGGCAAAGCAGGGGGCGGCCGUAACGAAGUGGACCCGCGCUUCAUUUCGCUCUUCAGCGUGUUCAACGUGCCCUUCCCUUCGGAAGUGUCCCUGCACUUGAUUUAUGCCUCCAUUUUGAAAGGGCACCUGGCGACCUUUGACGAGUCCAUCUCUGCCAUUGCGGACAAAAUCACCACCUGUACUCUGACCCUUUACGAAACCAUCGUCCGCGACCUGCCACCAACGCCUUCGAAGUUCCACUACAUCUUUAACCUGCGCGAUCUCUCCAGGGUGUACAACGGGUUGGUUCAGACCACCCCAGAACGGUUCCAGACAGUCACCCAGAUGGUGAGGGUGUGGAGGAACGAAUGCCUGCGGGUUUUCCACGACCGGCUGAUCAACAAGGCAGACAAAGCCCUGGUUCAAGGCCACAUACAACACCUGCUGGAAGCGAAUUUCAAAGACUCGGCUGAAAAUGCAAUCAGGGACCCCAUCCUGUUUGGAGAUUUCCGAAUGGCCCUGAACGAGGGGGAGCCUCGCGUUUACGAAGACAUCCAAGAUUAUGACGCAGCCAAAGCUCUCUUCCAGGAGAUUUUGGAAGAAUACAAUGAAGUGAACACGAAGAUGAACCUCGUGCUGUUCGACGACGCUCUGGAACACUUGACCCGCGUUCAUCGUAUCAUCCGGAUGGACCGGGGCCAUGCCCUGCUGGUAGGCGUCGGUGGCUCCGGAAAGCAGUCCUUGGCGAGAUUAGCAGCCUACACCGCCGGAUGUGAG